UUGCAUCAGUUACAACAAACAUAUAUGCUGGAAGGGAGAUUCUUGACCUUUCAUAAAACAAAACAAAAACACUGCAACGUGACAUGAAUGUUUCCAGGCUGUUUCAACACUUUAGCCAACCCAAUUUUUGUUGUUCCCUUUAGUUUUCAAAAAAUGCUUUGAACGCAAUUUUCUUUACAAGAUUUUCAGCCUUGAACUGAUUAGGAAGAUUUUGAUUUCUUGGGCCUUUUCUUGGUUCAGAUCUGCUUGCUGAUUGGGACUUUUUGAUUCAAGAAAUUAGUCUUUGAUUCAGCUGUUCUACUGCUUGCAAAUAGCCCAUAUUGGUGCAGGUAACUUGAUGUUUGAAUUUGAUGUGUCAUGAAUGGUUUUGCUCUAGCUGAAAUGUAUGUACAAGAUCGACCCAUUUGAUAUUGGGAUUAAAGGGAAGUCAGUGUGAUUCAAGAAGAUUAGGGUUUUUCAUAUUUUGAUUUAUAUUCUGCUAUUAUUGAGUUUGUUGGUAUUUGCAUUGGAUGCUGACAUUUUUGUUAAGAAAAAAUAAAGGGUAAAAAGAGGAGAAAAAAAGGAAUUUUGGGUUGUUUUUGAGUGCUGAUUAAUGAAGGUCCAAGCCAUGGGGUUGCUGGGCAUAUUGAGGCUGGUGAUUAUUUUCGGAUUUAUGGAGAUUGGGAAAGCUCAGAGGAAGUCUUUUCUGAUAAGCUGUGGGACAAAUUCCAGUGUAACUGUGGAUGGGAGGAGAUGGAUUGGUGACACAGUUCCUGGGAACAAUGUCACCUUCAGUGCUUCUGGUAUUGAGGCCUCGACUGGGACAUUCAGUGGCGAUCCAGUCUACGAGCCACUUUAUAGAACUGCCAGGAUUUUUACUGAUAGUUUGAAUUAUACUGUUCAAGGGACACCAGGAAAUUAUUUUCUUAGGCUCCAUUUCUAUCCGUUGGUGUACAUGAAUUACAAUGCCAAUGACUCUGUCUUUGCUGUUGAGUCGAAUCGAUUAAGGUUGGUUUCUGAGUUCAAUGUUCCUGGUGAGAUUUUGAAUAAAAAUUCAAACUUGCUUAGGUCAGGAGGCAAUUCUAGCUUUACUUCAUUAGUGAAGGAGUAUUUCUUUACCAUUGAUGCCAAUGUCAUUGUUAUUGACUUCAUUCCUUCCAAAGGGUCUUUCGGUUUUGUGAAUGCCAUAGAAAUUAUUCCUGUUGAUGAUAAGCUGUUCAAUGACUCGGUGAGAAGAGUGGGUGGAAAUGGUGGCAGUAGUUCUUUGAACUUAGACACACGAGGGGUUGAAACCAUGUAUCGAUUGAAUGUUGGGGGUUCAGCAGUUAAACCCUCACAAGAUUUGGAUUUCUGGAGAUUGUGGGAUGUAGAUUCAAGUUAUAUGGUCAAUCCAGAUGCUGGUUCGGAAAUCAGAAACAGAACUAACAUUACCUAUGCUUCUCCUAACGACACAUUCGUGGCACCUCUUCCCGUAUACGAAACAGCGAGGACUUUGUCAAAUACUGAAGUCCUGGAGAGGAGAUUCAACAUGUCAUGGAAAUUGGAAGUUGAUCCAGAUUUUGACUAUCUAGUCCGCUUGCAUUUCUGUGAACUUCGUUUUGACAAGCCAAAUCAAAGGAUUUUCAGAAUUUACAUAAAUAAUAGAACUGCAGCAGAGAACUUCGAUAUUUUUGUUCGAGCUGGAGGAAUGAACAAGGCAUAUCACGAGGAUUACUUCGACGAGAUUUCAUCUAAAAGCAACACCCUGUGGAUACAGCUAGGUCCUGACACGACAACAGGUUCUGCAGGAACAGAUGCUCUCUUGAAUGGGUUGGAGGUUUUUAAGCUUAGUCAGAAUGGUAAUCUUGCUUACGUACAGAGGUAUAGCAAUAUAGAAGGCAAGAAAACAUCAAAAAGUUUCCUUUGGGUCGGAAUUGGAGCAGGUAUCGCUUCUAUUGCUAUUCUUGCAGCUUUAGUUAUGCUAAUUGUCUGGUUUUGUAAGCGGAAGAACAAAGAUGAUGAUGAUGAUGCGAAGAAGACCGCUUCUGGUUGGAAGCCGCUGUUCCUUCACGGAUCAAUUGCUAAUCGCACUGCCAAAGCAACAGGAUCGACUGUGUAUCAGAAUCCUAAUGGAACUAUCCGAUCUGGAAGGCGUUUUACAUUAGCAGAGAUUAGGGCGGCAACAAAUAAUUUUGAUGAAAGAUUAGGGAUUGGAGUAGGAGGAUUUGGUAAGGUGUACAAAGGAGAGAUUGAUGACGGGACCCUAGCAGCGAUUAAGCGAGCCAACCCACAAUCUCAUCAAGGCCUUGCUGAAUUUGAGACGGAAAUCGAGAUGCUUUCAAAACUGAGGCAUAGGCAUCUUGUCUCCCUGAUUGGAUUCUGCGAUGAACAGAACGAAAUGAUCUUGGUAUAUGAGUAUAUGGAUAAUGGGACCCUCAGGAGUCAUCUAUUUGGGAGUGACCUACCGCCAUUAAGUUGGAAGCAACGACUAGAAGUAUGCAUUGGUGCAGCCCGAGGACUGCACUACCUUCAUACAGGAUCUGAGAGGGGAAUCAUCCAUAGAGAUGUUAAAACAACUAACAUAUUGUUAGAUGAGAACUUUGUAGCUAAAAUGGCCGAUUUUGGAUUGUCCAAAACUGGUCCUUCACUGGAGCACACCCAUGUAAGUACAGCAGUAAAAGGAAGCUUUGGUUAUCUUGAUCCUGAAUACUUUAGGCGACAGCAGUUGACAGAGAAAUCCGAUGUUUACUCAUUUGGCGUGGUCCUUUUCGAAGUUGUCUGUGCUCGGGCUGUUAUCAAUCCAACCUUGCCAAAAGAUCAAAUCAAUCUUGCAGAGUGGGCAAUGCAUUGGCAGAGGCAGAGAUCACUUGAAAGUAUUAUCGAUCCACGAAUAAGGGGAAAGUAUUCUCCGGAAUCAUUGAUGAAAUUUGGCGAGAUUGCAGAGAAAUGUCUUGCUGACGAGGGGAAGAGCAGGCCAACAAUGGGAGAAGUUUUGUGGCACUUGGAGUACGUUUUACAGCUUCAGGAGGCUUGGUUGCACACCAAUGCUGAUGCUGGGGAGAAUUUGGUUUCCAGUAAUCCGGAUCUUGGACCUAAUGAUGUGGGAGAAUGUGAGGUCCAGGACGCUACAAAUUAAUAUGAACGACAUAGUGGAUCUAUCUCAGUGACAACUGACAGAUUGGAUCCUAUCGACCCGAUGGCUGUUGGAGUUUAUGACUUUUCACAACUCGUAAACCAACAAGGAAGGUUUUAUCUAUGCUUUCUACUAUUAAUUCUUUGCAAUUUUUUUUUCAUCCACGCCAUUUUAUCGAGGCUUCAGCAUCCAUGUUCAGUAUCUAUAUCAGAUGCUAGAGACUAGGACGUGUCGAUAAACAAUGUGGAUACAAGUACAAUAUCUGCAUGUCUUUUGAGUCUUUUCUUAUUUGAGCAUGUCUAUUUCAUUUAUCAGAUCAAUUUCUUUUAUUCUUGUAUGUGUAUGAUGUCUGGAAUUAGUGGUACUUGAAUGUGAUGAGUUUUCGAUUAGCAUAUCAGUUAGUUCA